UUACGGCACAGCGCUAGCUUCAGAAAAGUGUCAGUUAAAGUCACACGUUAUAUGUAGAUGAGUUACAGCUGCUUCUUGGUCUUGUUCCGGGAUCCUGUAUCUGGCAGCAGCCUUGUAACGUGACCAGUUUAAAACAGCCCAGAACACAAGGAGCUGACUUCAGACCAGUGAUUAGUGACUAACCACAUUGUGUCCUGCUGAGAAUAUGGACUUGUGGAUGAAGAUGAGCUGUUGGUUAUAACUCUACACUCAAACAGCUUAGCUUGCUAAAACUACAGCAUUUGUUUGGAGAAGUUGUUUUGCGAGCUUUUCUGCUGCUGUGAUCCAGGAAACACGACAUGUCUGGAACCGUGAGCAGCGUUCUUUGAUUGGCAGCUGCGAGUGCUGCCAGCGGCCAGGAUGAUGAGGGUGCGCUGGUCAAAACACGUGGCUCUUCUGACGAAAGCCGGCUUCUUCCUCUCCGCUCUGUGGCUCUUCUACCUCUUUGUGUUCCGCUCUUCCAACACGGCUCCGGCUGAAAAUGGCAGCAAACACAGUAUUGAGUCCAGGGUUGCCUUUACGGCGGUAGAAGUGGAUGCAGAGACUCUGAAGCGGCCCGUUUACGUGAAGCCUCCUCCUGACUCAAAUGCACAUGGAGAGUGGGGCAGAGCCACCCGACUCAACCUUAAAUCUGAGGAGAAAAAGCAAGAGGAGGACAGCAUCGAGCGCUACGCCAUCAACAUCUACGUCAGCGACAAGAUAUCCCUCCAUCGACAUAUUGAAGAUAACAGGAUGCACGAAUGUAAAAGCAAGACGUAUAACAUCCGUCACCUUCCAACCACAUCUGUGGUCAUCGCCUUCUAUAACGAGGCCUGGUCCACCCUGCUAAGAACCAUCCAUAGUGUCUUGGAGACCACACCUGCUGUACUGCUGAAAGAAAUCAUUCUCGUUGAUGACUUGAGUGACCGAGGCUAUCUGAAAUCCCAGUUGGAGGAGUACAUUAGCAACCUGGAGCGUGUGCGCCUCAUCCGCACAAAUAAGAGAGAAGGACUGGUCCGAGCUCGGCUUAUUGGUGCCACCUACGCCACAGGAGAUGUACUCACAUUUCUGGACUGCCACUGUGAGUGCGUGCCUGGAUGGAUCGAGCCUCUGCUGGAAAGGAUUGCUGAGAAACAAAACACUGUUAUCUGUCCAGUGAUUGACACAAUUGACUGGAACACAUUUGAGUUUUACAUGCAGACUGAUGAGCCCAUGGUGGGUGGUUUUGACUGGCGGUUGACAUUCCAGUGGCACAGUGUGCCUGAGGCGGACCGCAAAAGACGGAAUUCCCGAAUAGACCCCAUUAGAUCUCCCACCAUGGCCGGAGGUCUGUUUGCCGUAAGCAAGUCCUACUUUCAAUAUCUGGGUACUUAUGACACAGGCAUGGAGGUGUGGGGAGGAGAGAAUCUGGAGCUUUCCUUCAGGGUUUGGCAGUGUGGAGGCUCACUGGAGAUUCACCCCUGUUCCCAUGUGGGUCAUGUCUUCCCUAAGAAGGCACCAUAUGCCAGGCCAAAGUUUCUCCAGAACACAGUACGAGCUGCUGAGGUCUGGAUGGAUUCUUACAAGGACCUUUUCUAUAACCGCAACCCUCCUGCUCGUAAGGUGACAUACGGGGACAUUUCAGACAGGAUUCUCUUACGAGAGCGACUGAAGUGCAGGACCUUUGAUUGGUAUCUAAAGAACAUCUACCCAGAUCUGCAUGUACCUGAGGACAGACCUGACUGGCAUGGAGCUGUGCGUAGUGGUGGGAUUCCUUCUGAGUGUCUGGACUACAACGCUCCAGAUCACAAUCCCACAGGGGCUCACCUGUCUUUGUUCGGCUGUCACGGUCAAGGAGGGAAUCAGUAUUUUGAGUACACAUCAUAUAAGGAAAUUCGCUAUAACUCAGUAACUGAGCUGUGUGCGGAGUAUUCAAAUGGCCAGAACCACAUAGGCAUGAAACACUGUCCCAGAGACGGCGAGCAAGUUCCUCCCACCAUCGUCUGGGAGUUCAGAGAUAAUGGAAGUAUCUAUCACCCUCUUUCAAACAAGUGCAUAACUGCGUACCGUACAGCAGAAGGACGGACCGACGUGCAAAUGCAAAAAUGCUCUAACGAAGACGUAAACCAGCGCUGGAAGUUUGAAUGAUUUUUUUUUUUGACAGUAUGUCAAAUUCAAGUUGUGCAUUUUAUAUGAAGUCUAAGCCUCAAUAACUUGUCCAAACAGCCAGUUAUAUACAUUUGAUGUUGCUCUGGGAGACUGUAAACCUAUUGGCCAGGUCUGACUCUAUUUAAGCACAAUGAAGAUGUGCUAAAACUAAUUACAGGACUAGGAAGCAACUAUUUCAGUGGCUCAGAAAGAAUUAUAUUUUAAAUUGUUCAUUGACAGAAAUGUGGAAGGCCUUUGGCUUGUUGAUGAGUAGACUAGGCUCUGUACAGUGCCUUUGAAAACCAAAGGUGAUCAAGUUUCUGUUUUUAUUGUAUGACAUGUACAUUAUCAAAUAAUGGUGCAAUACUGUACCAAAAUUCCUUUUAGUAGCAAUAUGGGGAAGGAAAUAUCGUUGUGUUGGAACACCUUUUGUGUUUACAUGAUUGCACUAUGUACUGAUACGUCAACAGAACUGUAAGUUGUGACUCAAAACUGAGCUUUUAUAUUUAUAAAAGUUUAUUUUUAGAAGACAAGUAUUUCAGGGAGUGGCAAGAACCUGUUUAGCUUGCUGUACUCUUUAUAUUUUCUAGUCAUGACAUUCUAGCCCUUGUUUUCAAGCCUGUUGAUAUUUGUUCUUGUACACAGCAUUGUUAACGUCUUUUCAUUAUGUUGUGGGUUUAUUUUCUAGUAACCUCCACAAAGGUGUUCUGCACCAACACACUGUGCCUGAUUUCAACUGCAAAAUCAUUUACAAUGAAUCAUAGAUUACAUUUUUCUCAGUUGAGUUUCAAAUUAAGGGCUGAUUGUGGAGGCCAUACUUUAACUUGUCGACAGAUUUAGUACGAAAAAUAUUUCUGAAAUCAAAUGGGGGUGAAUCUUUUUUAUAAAUGAUGGUGAUAUGAUGAAUGAUCUCCUAACCUACUGAAAUGCAGUGAGAUGAUUGUUCGCUAGAAUUUAUGCACAAAUGUGUGAACAUGUCCACAAAAACCUGCCUGUGUCGAGACAUCCAGGUUAAUAUAUGUAUUCAAAUGUUGUGCUUUGGGUGUAACGUAACUAGUCUUAAAUGUUAGCCGAAGGAAAACAUUUAAAACUGCUGUUAGUCAUUUUCUUUUGAGUCUUCCAGAUGUCAGAAUAACACUGUGUAAUUUUAGUUUGAAAUAUCUCAAUUACAGGACCAGUCAUUCUUCUGACCUGAAAUUUCAUGGACAGUACAAUGUACCGUGGACUUAAAAGCUCUUCAUCAUGGACUUGUUUCGGCUCUUCACCUUUGUGAUAUUAAUCAGUCAUUUCUGAGGAUAAUUUUUUUUAUGUUUGUUGAUGUUUAAACAUGGUAUUAAGGGACCUUUAUCUGAUGGUGUGAAUGAUAUUCCAAACUACUGAUUAAGCACAAAGUGUGUCAGUUAUCCUCUGUACCAUACAGUACAAUCAUUGUAUUAUGUUCAUUGUUCUGAAUCAACUGUGUUAGCUCAAUGGUCAGUUUAAAUGGAUCAAAUAUGUUCUUUUUGAAACUAUGAGAAUCAAACUUUCACAUCAUAAAAACAAGAAAGAUUUUUCUGAGCGUUGCUUCUUUCUGUGCUCUGUUGCAGUGCCAUCUUGUGGUAUUCAUUAAAUUAUUGAAUGACA